AAAAAGAAAACGAGCGACGAUUCUAAAGAAGAAGUUGCGCCCCCUAAUCUCAGAGGGUCAGGACGCGUUCCCACGAUGAACCCAGGUCACGACGCCCAGGACGGAAGCCCUCCUUCGAAGCCCAGAAGAGACGCCAACUCAAGGACCGACGACAGGAGACCGGGACCCUCCGGUGCCGGACCCAGCAUCGUGGACGAGUUCGAUGUCCUGACGCUACGGUUUCUGGAGUUUGUGCACCGGACUUUGCUGUACGGCAUGGAGCUCCUCAGGACUCACGGUCACUACGCCUACUCGACGUCUUGAUGCUGGCGGCUUCUCGUCCUCGCCACUCAAGCCGACAGAA